AUGGGCAACAGCCACUCAGAGCAGGAGCAACAGCCCGAGAAAAGCCUUGUGAGGGGCGACACUGAGAAGGGAAAAGCGAAAGAGGCAGAAAAGACCACCACUAAGGUUUCCACCCCUCUCGCUCCCACCCCCAAGCUCUUAAGCCCUGUGCCACCCAGUCAGUUCAAGGGCAUCCCAGACUUCACUGUAAACAUGGGGCAAGCUUCUCUGUGCUCACUGCAGGCAACCCCAUCUCUAUCAAGUCUCUCCACAGAGAGCCCAAUGAGCAUGCAGGCUGUUCCUACGUCCUCUGCUACCCCUUCCUCUCCUUUCUGGCAUACCCCUAUAAUCCCCUCCCACCCAUCCCAGAAAGCGUCUUUACCAAAACCUCAGCCACGGGGCCCAUCAUCGCAGGAGGCAGCCCUGGCCCCCAACCCUCAGCCAACACAGCAGAGACCAGCACCAGUGGCCCCCAACCCUCAGCCAACACAGCAGAGCCUAGCACCAGUGGCCCCCAACCCUCAGCCAACACAACAGAGACCAGCACCAGUGGCCCCCAACCCUCAGCCAACACAGCAGAGACCUGCACCAGUGGCCCCCAACCCUCAGCCAACACAGCAGAGCCUAGCACCAGUGGCCCCCAACCCUCAGCCAACACAGCAGAGCCUAGCACCAGUGGCCCCCAACCCUCAGCCAACACAGCAGAGCCUAGCACCAGUGGCCCCCAACCCUCAGCCAACACAGCAGAGCCUAGCACCAGUGGCCCCCAACCCUCAGCCAACACAGCAGAGCCUAGCACCAGUGGCCCCCAACCCUCAGCCAACACAGCAGAGACUAGCGGCAGUGGCCCCCAACCCUCAGCCAACACAGCAGAGACUAGCGGCAGUGAAAGCAAUGAGAAAGGCUUCACUUAGGUCUCCUCAGAACCCUGUCACCCCCACUGCCCCAGCCAAGACCCAGCCCACCCCCACUGCCCCAGCCAAGACCCAGCCCACCCCCACUGCCCCAGCCAAGACCCAGCCCACCCCCACUGCCCCAGCCAAGACCCAGCCCACACCCACUGCCCCAGCCAAGACCCAGCCAACCCCCACUGCCCCAGCCAAGACCCAGCCAACCCCCACUGCCCCAGUCAAGACCCAGCCCACACCUACCAUCCCAGGUAAGACCCAGCCCACACCUACCAUCCCAGGUAAGACCCAGCCCACACUCCCAGCCAAGACCCAACAAGAUCCUCCUCCUCAAAAUAUCACUGCCAGGUCACCACUGAUUAGAAUUAGUCAACCCGAUGGAACACGUAUUACCCUUGAUGAACUGAAGUCUAAACUUAGAUCCCUUUGUGGUGACACUCACAGCAGCACGGGCACAAGCGGGAGCACGGGCACAAGGAGCAGCACGGGCACAAGGAGCAGCACGGGCACAAGCAGCAGCACGGGCACAAGGAGCAGCACGGGCACAAGCAGCAGCACGGGCACAAGCAGCAGCACGGGCACAAGGAGCAGCACGGGCACAAGCAGCAGCACGGGCACAAGGAGCAGCACGGGCACAAGCAGCAGCACGGGCACAAGCAGCAGCACGGGCACAAGCGGGAGCACGGGCACAAGGAGCAGCACGGGCACAAGGAGCAGCACGGGCACAAGGAGCAGCACGGGCACAAGUGGCAGCAUUGAGGAUAGAAAGUCUUUGCCUAUAUCACCACCAAUGGUUGUUACUAAACCCCAGAGGAGAUCCAGGAGACCAGAUGGAACAUCUAUUACUCUUCAUGAACGGAGGGAUGGACUUCCAGAGAACAAGAAAACCAGCACCCCUAGUGGAGACACUGGCAACAACAAGGGCACAAUCAGCAGCACACCCACUGGUUCUCUCAAAGUGCCUCCAAACUUUGUGCUCUCUAAAAAGAUUCUGAAAAAGAUUGAGCAUAGGAUGGAGUAUGUGAAGAAGCAGGAGAGUCUGCCUCCCCCUCCCAGCCCACUGAGGCAGGCGUCAGUCAGGGCAGCUCUGAACGGAGUCCCCUUCAUCGAGGCUGUCAAAACUUCCACGCCUAAAGUCAAGCCUGCUCACAGAGAGGCCAAGGCCCAGAAAGCAAAGACCUCCAAAUCAGACUAUAACUUCAGCACUGCUGCCCAGACAAUACAGCCAGCAUGCCAGCCACAGCACAACCCAGAGCCUGCUAGCAAACCAGACAAACCACCUGGAACUUCAGCAGCGCCCGUCCCAAAUGCUGACUCACCUGUCCCAAACAACUUGUCCUUUUCUCUUGGGACAACCACACCUCCAGCACAAACCCAGAAAGAGAAACGGUCUAAAAGCCAACCUCAGACUAAAGCAGCCCCUGAGGCUCAGGGCGCUGGUAGCACCUCGACCAGUUGCACCACGAGCAUCACCAGUAAACCAGCGGGGACAGGAAGCAGCAGCCAGCUCACCUUCUCUCCCAACUCUGUGAGCGGACGUGCCCAGGCUGCCAGACUGAGGCUGAAGCAGAUGAGAGAGGACAGGUCCAGGGCCCAGCCAGCAGAGGACAGGUCCAGGGCCCAGCCAGCAGAGGACAGGUCCAGGGCCCAGCCAGCAGAGGACAGGUCCAGGGCUCAGCCAGCAGAGGACAGGUCCAGGGCUCAGCCAGCAGAGGACAGGUCCAGGGCUCAGCCAGCAGAGAGCAGCAGAGAGGACAGGUCCAGGGCCCAGCCAGCAGAGGGCAGCAGAGAGGACAGGUCCAGGGCUCAGCCAGCAGAGGGCAGCAGAGAGGACAGGUCCAGGGCCCAGCCAGCAGAGGACAGGUCCAGGGCCCAGCCAGCAGAGGGCAGCAGAGAGGACAGGUCCAGGGCCCAGCCAGCAGAGGGCAGCAGAGAGGACAGGUCCAGGGCUCAGCCAGCAGAGGACAGCAAAGAGGACAGGUACAGGGCUCAGCCAGCAGAGGACAGCAGAGAGAACCACCUCUCGACAGAGCCACCCAGAGCUUCACAUCGAGCACCAGUUCAACCCCCACCACGACCCCUCACACCAGGACCAAGACAAUAUCGAGGCCCUAUCACCAUCAAGCAGGGACAGAAGCCCUCAAGAGGACAGCCAGAAGCCAGACCCACUACAGAGGGCAAGAAACAGCCAGAGGUCAAACCCUCAACAGAGGGCAAGAAACAGCCAGAGGUCAAACCCUCAACAGAGGGCAAGAGUCCACAGCAGCUGCAGGAGGGCAUCAGGGAAGCAUCAGGAUUCACCAGGACACACUACACUAACUGGUACGUAUCUAAUGCCCAGUUGCCCUCCUUUACAGAGCCCAUGGUUGCCGAGGCAACACAGCUGAUGGACAGGUAUCAGAAGUAUUGUAAUGAGUUCCAUUAUCCUGAUGGCAGAGGUGUGGUAGACUUCUCCAAGUUCAGCAUGUCUACAACACUUGGCGGUAAGGUGAGGGAGGUGGAUGAUCCUACAGAGGUAAACACAGUCUUUGAGGAGUGGUACAGUGGCAUCAACCCUUUCACACCUAAAACUCCUACUGCUGCUGAUAUACCCACUACCCAGCUACCCCAAGCCUCAGACUCAAAACCCACGCCAGACACCCCAGCCAAGGCUCCUCCCACCCAGUCCAGGAAGAAACAGACACAAGCGGUGGCUCAGUCCAGGAGGGCAGAAAAGAUGAAGACAAGGGAUACCAAGAAAGAGGAACAAAUUGAGGAUAUCCCACCAGCCUCUCCCCCAUCUCCCAAGUGCCCUCCCUACCCAUCAGGCUGCUGGCACCCAUUCACGGUGGAUAAGUCCUGCUCGCGCCAGGCCCGCUGCCAGCACCGUGCCACUAACGCAGCGCUGCCACCCAACGUCACCAAGUGGUUGAACGUGAGGAGGAACUACCUGUGUGAGCCCCCCUGGGUCACCACGGCAACCCUAGCCGCCUCCCUAGCACUGAGAGAGAGAGAGGAGAGACUCGCUAGUGACAACACACAUUCAUUCACAAAUACUGGAGGAAAUAUUUAUACCGAGUAGUACAGUAGUCAUGUUAAGUCAUCUAUUAAAUUACACUGUAGACCAUAAGUCAGGAACAAAAAGAUUUUAUUAUUUUAAAAAUGUCAAAAAUGUUGAUAAUCUUUCAGAAACAAACAUUUGUAUUUUCCAGAUCAAUUAGAUUACAAACCAUUGAGGUGGUGGAGCAAGACAUUAAACAAAUACUUUUACAGCAA